UGAUCAUUUGACCCACUCAUCCAUCUUUCUCCCUUUCUUUUUCCAUAUUUAUAAAUUAUGACUUCAUAUAUAAAUACACGCUCAAUGCAGGGUUAGGAUCAUUACCCGUUCAUUUUCUCAGUUUCUAUCUCUAUGCAUUAGUGCUUCAUCAAUCAAGAUGGCCGAAGUAACCAAAAAUGGAAACGACAAACCUGCAAUGCCCCGUUUGAAUGAGAGGAUCCUUUCAUCUAUGUCAAAAAGAACUGUUGCUGCACAUCCUUGGCAUGAUCUUGAGAUUGGACCUGGAGCUCCCCACAUCUUUAAUGUUGUAGUUGAGAUAACGAAGGGGAGUAAGGUCAAAUAUGAACUGGACAAGAAGACAGGAUUGAUUAAGGUUGAUCGAAUUUUAUAUUCAUCAGUGGUCUAUCCUCAUAACUAUGGUUUCAUCCCCCGCACAUUGUGUGAAGACAACGAUCCUUUGGAUGUUCUGGUUCUCAUGCAGGAACCUGUCCUUCCUGGUUGUUUUCUGCGAGCCAGGGCCAUUGGACUUAUGCCCAUGAUUGACCAGGGAGAGAAAGAUGACAAAAUCAUUGCAGUUUGUGCUGAUGAUCCAGAGUACAAGCACUACACAGACAUCAAAGAGCUGCCUCCUCAUCGCCUUUCUGAGAUCCGUCGUUUCUUUGAAGAUUACAAGAAAAAUGAGAACAAGGAGGUUGCAGUUAAUGAGUUCUUACCUUCAAAUCAUUCUGUUGAAGCCAUCCAGUACUCGAUGGACCUUUAUGCUGAAUACAUUCUGCAGACCCUGAGGCGAUAGAAGAGCCAAAGGCUAUGCUGCAUAAUUUUUGUCCCUGGGAGUUUCAUUAUUUUGAAUAAGUUAUUUAAUCAGUGACUGUUAAAAUGAUACUUCAAAUUUCUUUUGUUUUAACAAUGCUGUAAGAAGCAGUUAUCUGUGAUAUCUGAAUAUAAAUGGUUUAAUUGAUCAUUUUUUACACUCAAA